UCCCUUCCCCCUCCCCGCCCAGCAGCGGUCGCUGGAGCCCCGGCUCUCGGUUAUAAGAUGGCGGCGCUGAGCGGCGACGGCGGCGCGGAGCAGGGCCAGGCUCUGUUCAACGGGGACAUGGAGCCCGAGGCCGGCGCCGGCGCCGCGGCCUCUUCGGCUGCGGACCCCGCCAUCCCCGAGGAGGUGUGGAAUAUCAAACAAAUGAUUAAGUUGACACAGGAACAUAUAGAGGCGCUAUUGGACAAAUUUGGUGGGGAGCAUAAUCCACCAUCAAUAUAUCUGGAGGCCUAUGAAGAAUACACCAGCAAGCUAGAUGCCCUCCAACAAAGAGAACAACAGUUAUUGGAAUCCCUGGGGAAUGGAACUGAUUUUUCUGUUUCUAGCUCUGCAUCAACGGACACCGUUACAUCUUCUUCCUCUUCUAGCCUUUCAGUGCUACCUUCAUCUCUUUCAGUUUUUCAAAAUCCCACAGAUGUGUCACGGAGCAACCCUAAGUCACCACAAAAACCUAUUGUUAGAGUCUUCCUGCCCAACAAACAGAGGACAGUGGUACCUGCAAGGUGUGGAGUUACAGUCCGGGACAGUCUAAAGAAAGCAUUGAUGAUGAGAGGUCUAAUCCCAGAGUGCUGUGCUGUUUACAGAAUUCAGGAUGGAGAGAAGAAACCAAUUGGAUGGGACACUGAUAUUUCCUGGCUUACUGGAGAGGAAUUGCAUGUCGAAGUAUUGGAAAAUGUUCCACUUACAACACACAACUUUGUACGGAAAACUUUUUUCACCUUAGCGUUUUGUGACUUUUGUCGAAAGCUGCUUUUCCAGGGUUUCCGCUGUCAAACAUGUGGUUAUAAAUUUCACCAGCGUUGUAGUACAGAGGUUCCACUGAUGUGUGUCAAUUAUGACCAACUUGAUUUGCUGUUUGUCUCCAAGUUUUUUGAACACCACCCAAUACCACAGGAGGAGGCCUCCUUUGCAGAGACUACCCUUACAUCUGGAUCAUCCCCUUCCACAUACUCCUCCGAUUCUUUUGGGCCCCAAAUGCUCACCAGUCCGUCUCCUUCAAAAUCCAUUCCAAUUCCACAGCCUUUCCGACCAGCAGAUGAAGAUCAUCGAAAUCAGUUUGGACAACGAGAUCGGUCCUCAUCGGCUCCAAAUGUGCAUAUAAACACAAUAGAACCUGUCAAUAUUGAUGACUUGAUUAGAGACCAAGGGUUUCGUAGUGAUGGAGGGUCAACUACAGGUUUAUCUGCCACCCCCCCUGCCUCAUUACCUGGCUCACUCACUAAUGUGAAAGCAUUACAGAAAUCUCCAGGACCUCAGCGGGAAAGAAAAUCAUCUUCAUCCUCAGAAGACAGGAAUCGAAUGAAAACACUUGGUAGACGGGAUUCAAGUGACGAUUGGGAGAUUCCUGAUGGGCAGAUCACAGUAGGACAAAGAAUUGGUUCCGGGUCAUUUGGGACAGUCUACAAGGGGAAGUGGCAUGGUGAUGUGGCAGUGAAAAUGUUGAAUGUGACAGCACCUACACCUCAGCAGUUACAGGCCUUCAAGAAUGAAGUAGGAGUACUCAGGAAAACUCGACAUGUAAAUAUUCUACUCUUCAUGGGCUAUUCAACAAAGCCACAACUGGCUAUUGUUACCCAGUGGUGUGAGGGCUCCAGCUUAUAUCACCAUCUCCACAUCAUUGAGACCAAAUUUGAGAUGAUCAAACUUAUAGAUAUUGCACGGCAGACUGCACAGGGCAUGGAUUACUUACACGCCAAGUCAAUCAUCCACAGAGACCUCAAGAGUAAUAAUAUUUUUCUUCAUGAAGACCUCACUGUAAAAAUAGGUGACUUUGGGCUAGCCACAGUGAAAUCUCGAUGGAGUGGGUCCCAUCAGUUUGAACAGUUGUCUGGAUCCAUUCUGUGGAUGGCACCAGAAGUAAUCAGAAUGCAAGACAAAAACCCUUAUAGCUUUCAGUCAGAUGUAUAUGCAUUUGGGAUUGUUCUGUAUGAAUUGAUGACUGGACAGUUACCUUAUUCAAACAUCAACAACAGGGACCAGAUAAUUUUUAUGGUGGGACGAGGAUAUCUAUCUCCAGAUCUCAGUAAGGUACGAAGUAACUGUCCAAAAGCCAUGAAGAGAUUAAUGGCAGAAUGCCUAAAAAAGAAGAGAGAUGAGAGACCACUCUUUCCCCAAAUUCUCGCCUCUAUUGAGCUGUUGGCCCGCUCAUUGCCAAAAAUUCACCGCAGUGCAUCAGAACCCUCCUUGAAUCGGGCUGGCUUCCAAACAGAGGAUUUUAGUCUAUAUGCUUGUGCUUCUCCAAAAACACCCAUCCAGGCAGGGGGAUAUGGAGAAUUUGCAGCCUUCAAGUAGCCACACCAUCAUGGCAGCAUCUACUCUUAUUUCUUAAGUCUUGUGUUCGUACAGUUUGUUAACAUCAAACACAGUUCUGUUCCUCAGAUCCUUUUUUAAAGAAAUGAAAUUUUCAAUUCAUAAGCUGAUGUGGAACAGAAUGGAAAUUCCCAUCCAAGAAAAGAGGGAAGAAUGUUUUAGGAACCAGAAUUCUCUGCUGCCAGUGUUUCUUCUUCAACACAAACACCACGUGCAUACAAGUCUGCCCAGUCCCAGGAAGACGAGAGACCCUGAGUUCUGGCCUUUUGAUGGUCAGGCAUGAUGGAAAGACACUGCUGCUACAGCUUGGGAGAUUGGCUCUGGAGUCUGCCGGUCGACUGUGCCCUUCUAACCACCAGAUCAAUGUGUGGCUGAUCAUCUGAUGGGGCAGUUGCAAUCACCAAGCAUCGUUCUCUUUCCUGUUCUGGGAGUCUGUUGUGGAGCUCUUUCCCCUAGCCACCACUGGUUCAUUUCUGAGGGACGGAACAAAAAUGCAGCAUGCCCUACCUGUGUGAUGCACGUUCAGUCCUUGACUCAUUUUUAUCAAAAUGAAGCUAUUUUAUUUAAGUGGAGGAUGAGAGGGAGACAGAGCUACGUUUUGGUGCAGAGGAAAAGGGAAUGCUGCAUCUUUUUCCUGACCUCCUGGGUUUCUGGCCUUCUGUUUCCUUCCUUGCUCACUGAGGGUGUCUGCCUACCCACGCAGGCUGGAAAGUGCUGGCACACAUUGUCUUCUUUGUUCAUUGGGUCCAGCAAUGAAGAGAAGUGUCUGGGGGUUUUUUCCCUCCACAAUAUAGCAAGUUCUCAGGAAAAUCUUCCUCCUAAGCUCUUCCAGUCACCAAGUACUUAUGUGGCUACUUUGCCUAAGGCACAAAAAUGCCAUGGUGGUAUUUAGUUAAAAGCCUACAGAACUGCUUGAUAACAGUUUUGAAUGUGAGACAUUUAUAUAAUUUAAAUGUAAGGUACAAGUUUUAAUUUCUGAGUUUCUUCUAUUAUAUUUUUAUUAAAAAAAUAAUUUUCAGAUUUAAUUGAAUUGGAAUAAAACACUUCCCAUUAGAAUUAUAUAUCCUGAAAAAUUGUAUUUUUGUUAUAUAAACAACUUUUAAAGAAAAAUCAUCAUCCUUCCUCUACCUAAACAUGGGGAGUCUUAGCAUAUGACAGAUAUUUAUAAUUUUUAAAUUAAUGGUACUUGCUGGAUCCACACUAACAUCUUUGCUAAUAUCUCAUUGUUUCUUCCAGUUUACUCUUACACUACAUCCUCAUUUUCUUUUACCUAGAAUAUGCAACCUAAAAUAAAAAUGGUGGUGUCUCCA